AUGCCGUCGCCAUCGUCGUCGCUGCCGUCGUCGGUCGUCGUUGCGGCACUGACGAUCGUCGUCCUCGCCGCAACAGCCCUCGCUGGCUCGCCGGUCUAUACCGCCAGCAACUCCACCAUCGACCCAACCUGCUUCAACCUCCUGCAGUCCGGCAAUGUCCAAGUCCUCGACCAACUCUGCGGACUGACUCUGACCCAGUGCUCGCAGCAGUGCGGCCCGAUGGGCACUCUGCGCUCAUACUGUAUCCCGUCGACCCUGGCCUGGGACUGUGCCUGCAAGAACACAAGCAUCGCAGUCCAGGUCCAUCUCUUUGCCGUCCAGACAGCCGAAUGCCAGGGCGAGCAAGAGAUCUGCUUCCAGAACUGCAAUCCCACGUAUCUCAAUCUCACCGGUCUGGGGCCAGCCGGACUGCCUUCGCCCAGUCUGCUUCCCUCGCCAGCUGCUCUGCCUGUGGCGAACACCUCGGCUCCCUCGGCGACCACAUCUCCAUCGCCGCCGACACUGACUUUGUGCCAGCUGAGCUGCAACACCUCCUAUGCCUGCGGCACUGCGAAUGCCAGCGAAGAGCGGUCCUGGCAGGUCAACACCAACGUCUCGUUUUUUGGUCGACGACUGUGCUGGGGCGGCGGCGGCCAGAUCGUCACCAACACCACCUGGUGGUCCAACAGCACCGGCAUCGCCUUCAGUAGCUCGCCUCCUUCCCGCGGUUCAAGCAUGGGUCUCUGGGGGCUCCUGGCUAUUCCACUACUGCUGGUAUCUCUCGGGUUCUGGUCCUGA